CCAUAUACCUAUUCAUUCUUCUGGAAACUCUACGAAUUUUGGUGGACUUCAUUUUAGAAGAAAAAAAAAAAUCAAAAUCAUAUUUAUGUUUUAUGAGUUUUUAUACAUAUUAGUAAAGUGUGUGAAUUAAUCGAUUAAUCAAUGGUGGUUCUGAGUUUUCAGGUUCUUCCCAACCUAACAACUUCACCACAACAUACUCAAAGAACAUGUUGUUCCACUAUUCGGUGUGGAAUAGCUGAACCAACUGGUAAACCUGCUCCUCUGGGACAAAAAACUCGUUACAAUGAUAGCUUUUUUGAGAAGGCUUUUAUUACUCUCUUCGCUAGAAAAAUGGAGCCAUUUGCAGAUCCUGUAAUAGGGAAAGCUAAAGAGAAAAAGAAGAAGGGUUUGUUGGAUUUUUGGGGGUAUGAUUAUGAGAGUUUUGUGGAGGUUUCUAAGAGAGUAAUGUUGCGGAGGUCUCGUUUGCAGCAACAAGAAGUUGUUCGGGAGGUUCUUCUCUCUAUGCUUCCUCCAGGUGCGCCUGCUCAGUUUAGGAAAUUGUUUCCACCAACAAGAUGGGCUGCGGAGUUUAAUGCUGCAUUGACAGUGCCUUUCUUCAACUGGUUAGUUGGCCCUUCUGAGGUUAUAGAAGUGGAGAUAAAUGGGGUGAAGCAAAAGAGUGGUGUCCGAAUAAAGAAAUGCAGGUACCUGGAGAACACUGGUUGUGUUGGAAUGUGUGUCAAUAUGUGCAAGAUUCCUACACAAGAUUUUUUCACUAAUGAAUUUGGACUUCCAUUAACAAUGAUUCCAAAUUUUGAAGACAUGAGUUGUGAUAUGGUGUAUGGCCAAACCCCACCUUCAUUUGAAGAAGACCCAGUUUCCAAGCAACCUUGUUAUGCUGAUAUAUGUUCUGUAGCAAAUCCCAACUCUAGUGUAUGUCCAAAGUUACUAGCAUGAAAAGACACUUCUUUUGGAUAAUUUUCAAUGACAUAAUCAGUGUACACUAUAUAAGCUUCUAGCGAUUGCGACUUGAGGUUUUGUUGUCACUGGAGUAUAGUUGUCAAAGGGAAAAAUAUAGACCAACAUUACAAACAUAUGGGAAAUAUACAUUUUAAGAUAUGGCAUGUAUACUUGGAUUGAAUUUGUAUAUGUACUAGGAGUGUUAAAUUUCUUUAUACAUGUAUUUUUUGGUUACUUAGGAAAUAUAACUAUAAAUAAAUGUUUGAUUAGCUAUAUGUUCAUACGAUAUCUGACUUCAGAAUCAAUGUAUCUUUGCUAGUACAACACUUUUUGUCUAGAGAUGAAGAAGAAACACUCAAGGACUUGGAUGCCACAUCACUGACUUAAGUUAUUCAGUCAUUGUGUUCAUAAACAUUGACGCCCAUAGUCGAAUCCAAUAAAAUUUCCCUAGGCCUUAAAAUCCAAGUAGCAGAGUGGUAACUAGAAGUUAAGUUGCCAUAGAGUAGUUGCAAGAUUAUAAGAGUAAAGACUCCAACAGAUAGCGCAUCAAGACGCCUUCAAUUGCA